CAUAGGUGCCGAGGGCAAAGUUCAUUGGCGCCGUGCAGUUUUUGAGCCAGUUGCCUUUGUACUUUUUUAGUUUUCAAGUUUCAGACCAUCCAGGGGAGAGAAGGUCACCUUGCGAAUUGCGUGACUCCUCGCCGCCCAGGUUCAUCCCGCUGCACCCUGUGAACUGACCGAUCAACCUUGCGUGGCACCGCUGCAACCCCAGCUUUUCUCGUAUCAACCUCUCACAUCACAAUAAGCAAGUCCUGAACAAGACCAUGCCCAGAAAGAAAGCCUGUCAUUCGGCGAAUCUAGUAAAAAGCCUGGUCAGCUUGAUACAGCAAGAAAAUAUUACUUCAUGGACCGAGGUCCUUUCAACUGAUUUUAUAAAAAAAUUACUUGGUUCUGACUCGAGGAGCAAAAUUGGAGGACAUCGAUAUGGAAAAGUCGAAAACACUAUAGACAGAAUUAGAAUCAAUAUUUCAAACCCUACAUGCCAUGUGCACGCUGCGGUGGCCGCAAGUAUGAUUUUUUUUUCUCAAAUUUUAGGGCCCAAACCGCCUAAUCCACCCAAGCACUCAAAGCCAAAAGAUUUACAAGCCGAGGAUGAAUUUGAAGGUGACGAAAGUGAAUCUAGCGACACCUCUUCCACCAGCUCAUCAAUGGCAAGUGAAAGAGGCUCUGCUGAGGGAAGUGAAAGAGGCUCUGGCUCCAGUGAUCAUUCAGGGUCGUCAACUGACGGAUCUAUUGACAAAACUAAAGAUAGCAGCCACAGUUUUGAAGAGAAAGAAAAAGAGGAGCCUGCUGCAAAAGUCUGUUUCCUGGUCGCAGAGGAAGAGGACCUGGUCGUCAUACGGAGAAUUGUGCAAAAGCUUGACGGGAAAAUCUCCGAUUCCAAAUUUUUUGACCCCGAGGCCACUCACCUGGUGACCAAAGCUCCGAGAAUAAGUGAAAGAAUGCUGGGAGCAAUUGCAGCUGGUCUCUGGGUAGUUCAUCCCGAAUACCUGCUGGAGUCACACAGAGCCAGGGAGUUUACGUCCGAGGAAGAUUUCGAAUGGGGAAAUCCGAAGGCCGCUGGUUUCUUGGAGCCUCAAAUUAAGGACGAUCCGUUGGCCCAAGAGUUGGCAGCUGCCUGCUACCGUUGGAGAAAGACUACCGCUGACAAAAAGGGCGCCUUCAAGGACUUCAAGGCAAUAUUAUUAGGAGCCCUACAUAAUAAGGCUGCUUUGGAACGCAUAAUUCUUGCUGGUGGUGGACAGGUUGUCCCUUAUGAUGAGAACUUCGGUGGAGUGACCCACUGCUUCUUAGAUGUCAAGAAGGUCAAUAUGGACUUAAGUGCUUUACAAUCGUCCAACGUGCCAUGCUACAACCCCAGAUACCUGAGCUAUUACCUCAUCAAUAAAGCUCCUCCAGAAUAAAAUGUCCAUCAAAUCUGAAGUAAAUAUUUUUAUUUUUAAAGUUAAUGCCCAAACUUAUAAUAAUAUAGUUUUAUUGUGAGAACUAAAAAAGUUGUCAAAGAAUUUGAAAUAAAUUUAUUAUGUGA